UCCAUCUGGUUUUCAUUGAAAAUACAGGAUGCAGUCAAACAACGUGAAACGUCAGCGCUUUACAAUUGAUCACACAUAUCCCGGGACCUCUGGUUGGUUUCAUUACGUCUGAAACUCCGAGCGAAAAUCCAUAUGUUCUGUAUGUUUUUGUUGUGCACGAGCCAACUGAGCAGUCUAAGUAGGUUAGAUGAAGCUUUGGGGCUGAAGUACCUCCUGUUCUCUUCGGAUCAAGUAUUUUCAUGCAGCUGCAAGACGGAACCGUGUCCUAAUAACGAUGGAGUUUCUCCUGAUCGCACUUUUGAUAUCAGUUUUUCCACUCCUCCAGACAUCACCGAGUAACUCUUUGGAUUCUGAUGAAAGCAAUGCAACACUCAGCCAGUUUGAAAGCAUAACAGAUGAAAUCAAAGGUGCCAGUGCCAAAGCCGAAAUCAAACUGCCCACCAGGGUUGCCAGUUCGGAGAAAUGCAUGAUUCCCUGUGAACUGACAGCAAAGCUCAUGAAGGAGGAGAAACAGUCCCUGUGCGGAAACCUGCAGCACUCCCUUGUCACUUACUCAAGGAGCACCAGGAAGCUGAUCAGAGACAUGAUGGAUGAGCAUCAUAGAUCAAUGGAGUUCCUCUCAACUCAGGUCAGAGAGCUGAUGAACAAGGUCCAGGCAAUUAGCAGUGAGGCUUUGAGGAACAACGCUGAGAUUUUAUCUUUCAAGCCGGUGCCAUCGCAUGGACGGGACUGCAGUGACAUUAAAGAUACAAUGGAUGCCGUAUCCAAAAUUCCCAGUGGCAUUUACAUAAUACAACCCGAGGACACUGAUUAUGCCUUUGAGGCCUUCUGUGAGAUGGACUACAUGGGAGGGGGAUGGACAGUCAUCCAAAGGAGGACAGAUGGACUGACAGACUUCAAGCGAGCAUGGAUUGACUACGUUGAUGGAUUUGGGCAUCUACCAGGAGAACACUGGCUGGGCCUGAGGAAGCUUUUUAGCAUCGUGAACCAGAAGAACACCCACUUCCAGUUGCACAUUGCCCUGGUCUCCCAGGAUGACACCACUGCCUAUGCCUCGUAUGACAACUUCCGGAUCGAUGAUGAAACCAAGUUUUAUGCGAUCCACCUGGGGAGAUAUGCUGGAAGUGCAGGAGACGCCUUCCGAGGGUACUCCCAGGAGCAGAACCAGGACACGGCGCCCUUCAGCACCUCUGAUGUGGACAAUGAUGGCUGCCUCCCACUGUGCACUUUCGAGGGGCAGGCAAUGGAGAGCUGCAGCGUCCGGCAGAACAACACUGGCUGGUGGUUCAACCAGUGCGGCCUGUCCAACCUCAAUGGCAGCCCCCUGGACUCGGACCUCUCCUUCCAGCCCCACAUCCACUGGGACACCUGGACGAAAAACGGGGUCGCCGUCAAAAUCAAGGCCGUCACAAUGAAGGUCAAACGAAUCUACAGUCCCGCCUCCAAUUAGCUACAGAAAAUAAAAACAAAAAACUGUCAGGUGACAGUGAAGCCUGGUAGGUUUCUGUUAGGUCUCAGUUGUCUAGAUAUUGUAUACAUUUUUUGGUGCUUUACAUAAUAAAAUGUUUUCCCGGUGUUAAA